AUGGUUAUUUUUCAAUUAUGUGACACAUUCUGCAUGAACUGUGUUAGUCCAUGUAAAAAUAUUUAUAUUUUUCUCAUUUUUAUUACAGUGAAAGAACUUCAAACACGUUGGAAGAAUAUUAAGGAUUGCUUCCGUAGGGAAGUUUCCUUACAGAAGAAUGAUUCACGUAGUGGCGCCUCACCCUCAAGACGAAAGAAAUAUAUCUAUGCUGACAGGCUGCUUUUCCUGGUCCCCACUUUUACCACAAGACAAACUUCUGGCAAUGUAGAAAAUGAGCAACAGGAGGAAAAUGAGGAAAAUGUUGGUGAAAGUGAAAAUAUUGGAGAAACAUCAUCUGGAACAUCAUCGGGCAGCCCUAGUGCCAGUACCAGUAACACUUUGCAUCCCCUUCGACUCUCUCAGGCUGCAAACAAACAGUCAGGGAAAAGAAAAAGGAGCAGCUCUGAAAUUGCAUCGGGAGAUGUCAAAGAGAUGAUCUCUAUGCUAUGCACUUCGCUAUCUACCCGAGGUGGUCCCAAGAACACUUACCAACAUGAGGAGACUCCAGAAUUUUCAUUUUUAACUGGAUUACUGCCCACAAUUAUGACAAUUCCGCAGGCACAAAGACAAUCUCUUCAAGUUGAGAUGACAAAACUUGUUUAUAGAUAUGUGCCACCAAGUGGUGUGCAAUCACCGAACAUUCCCAUUCCACCUCAGCAUUACCCCAUGCCACAAACGCCAGGAACAGGAAACUCUUGGUACCAAUAUCAGUAUCCAUCCCAAAACACACUCUCAGACCCAUAUCAUUAUCCUUCCCAAAACUCCCACACAGACCUUUAAUUUAUAAAUUCUAUAGAAGGGCGCUUUAAUUUAUAAUUUUAAUUUAUAUAACACUUACACUGUUUCAUUUAGAUUUAGCACAUGUUGUAUAUUGUUUUAUGUUUAUGUGUUGUUCUUUUCUAUUGUUGACAAGUAUGCACUUUGGUGGUUUUAUGUUUGCCCUUUGUUGACGGGAAUGGAGAUGGGCGGCUGCACUUUUGCACUUUUGGUCCGAAAAGUGAAUAGGAAUGUUUUUUUUUUACCAUAAUUAUUAUA